AUGAUCGACCUAGAAGACGAAGACGCUCCCCCCGAGCUUAUCGACGUUUCCGAACUCCCGGAGAGCGAGAAACCCCAACCCGAACCGACGUCAUCGGAGCUCCCCCGCGUGCCGAUCACGCUCGUCACCGUCCCCUUGUGUAUUGGGCAAACAGCAUCCGAUAUCGAAAAGCCUUUGACUGUCAACCAGGACGGUCAGGAAGUAACCGAGUGGAUGGAGGUCGGGAACGGAUGUAUCUGCUGCUCGGUGAAUAAGGGCAGAGACUCCGGCGUCAUGGCCAUCGAAUCGUUAAUGGAGCGUCGCGGCCAGUUCGACUACAUCCUGCUUGAGACGACCGGCCUCGCAGACCCGGGUAACAUCGCGCCCGUAUUCUGGGUCGACGAUAACCUCGGCAGCUCGAUCUACCUCGACGGGAUCGUGACUCUCGUCGAUGCCAAGAACAUUUUCCGGCUAUUGGACGAGCCAGCGCCGGAGGAGAAGGUGUCGAGUCAUGAAGAGGACGGACAGCUUCAAAAGACAGCACAGCCUGAUGGGGAGCACGAGCACGAGCACACUGGUCCUGUUCUCUCCAUGGCCCAUAUGCAGAUCUCGCAUGCCGAUGUCAUUAUCCUGAACAAGGCGGACCUGGUCACGCAGGAGGAGCUGGAUGCCGUGCGGGAUAGGAUCCUGGGUAUCAACGCCGUCGCGAAGAUCCAUGUGACGGAUCAUAGCAAGACGCCGCAGAUUGAGGGCGUGGUGCUGGAUCUGCAUGCGUAUGAUCAUCUGGCAAGUAUUGAUUUCGGGGAGAAGGGGCAUAGUCAUAUCGAUCCGGCCAUCUCGACAAUCGCCAUCACCACCCCUCCCAUCUCCCCCUCACAAGUCCCCAAAGUCGACUCGUGGCUGCAGUCCAUCCUCUGGGAUUCCACCCUCCCCUCCUCAUCAUCUACAUCUCAACCUCAUCCCACAGAUUUCGACAUCCACCGUCUAAAAGGCAUCCUCGUCCUCAACGACGGAACGCAUAAGAUCAUCCAAGCCGUGCGCGCAAUCUUCGAGAUUCAGGAUGCCGGUCCGAUUUCGGCCGCGGGCGACGAGGAUGAGAACAAGAAAACACAGUGUAAGAUCGUGCUGAUUGGACUAAGGCUUGGUAAGGAUGCGCAGGCGUGGCAGCGGAGUUUUGAGGAGUUUUUAGUGAGGGAGUAA